AUGAGAGAGAGAGAAGUCGACCUAGCAGCCAAAAACUCAUCUUUUGAACCCUGUUUCACCACUUCCUUUGACGGAUCUGAAGCUAUGCUUCCUCUUCAAGACCGAUCAGCUACGUCUCCUCCUGACUUAAAGGUUCUGUCUUUUAGUGUUUCCUUCAAUGGGUGGAGAAGGGCGUGCCCAAAUUUCAAGUCUUGGGCUAGAAAAAUGUCUGCUUUGCACAAACCCACUUGGGAAAAAGCUGGGAUUUUCGAAGCUGUUAUGGCAUCCACACUCAGUAUCCAUAAAAACACAGAUCUCAUUCUGGGUAUUGCUGAGAAAUGGUGUCCUGAAACCAACACUUUCGUCUUCCCUUGGGGUGAAGCAACCAUAACACUUGAAGACGUUAUGGUGCUUCUAGGUUUCUCUGUUUUGGGUUCACCAUAUUUUGCUGCUCUGGAUAGCUCAGGAGAGAUGAUUAGGAGGAAACUGGCUAGAGAAGCGCGGAAGUUUAAGGAAGAUAAAAAAGUCCAGUUCAUAACUCAAGUAUUAUGGACGGUGAGAUUCAUGGACAGUGGUGAUGAGCUUGAGCAUGUGGCUUUCCUUUCGUUGUGGCUUAGCUAUUUUGUGUUUCCAUCACGCUACUAUCAUCUCACAGGCAGAGACAUUUUUUCAGUUGCUGUUCAUCUUUCACGUGGUACUAAGAUUGCUCUUGCUCCAGCUGUUCUUGCACAUUUGUAUGGAGAGCUAAGUCUCUUGAAAAACCACAUUCGAGAUUUCACCUUAGCAACCAUUACCCACAAAAUUGAAUUGAGCUCCUUGUUUAAGUUGGUUCAAGUUUGGACAUGGGAGAGAUUCAGGGAACUUCAGCCAAAACGUAAUAUGAUACUAGAAGGUGAGCCAAGAAUGGCUCGUUGGGUUUACCCGAAACGACAGGAAACGAGCCAUGUGAGAGAGAUUCUGAAAAAGUCGAAAAUGGACAGUUUUGAGUGGCGUCCCUACACAAAAGCUGUUGAAAACUGGAAGUUUCCUCAGUUUUACCCUGAGAAAGCAAUGUGGGUUCCGGUUGGUCCCAAUCUUGAUGAUGAGUUUAUCUCUUUUGCUCGAUGCAUCAAGGUGUUUAAACUUGUUGGAAUUCAUUGCGUGGAACAUUACUUUCCCAACCGAGUGGCUUCACAGUUCGGAUUGUUUCAGGAUGUUCCUUGUCCUGUUAUUCGGAACAAUCUCUCAAGGGAGGCAGCUUGGGAUGAAUACAACAAGCCUAUUGAUGUUUUGACAUUGUACAUCCCUUCUCGUUCUGCAAAACCUCGUUUUACUCCGGAGUUCUGCGAGUGGUGGAAGAAGUCGUCUCUAGAACUUCAGUAUUUUCCGAAGGAGAACCGAGUUGUUGAAUCAGCUGAAACAUUGACACUGAGAAACAUCGGUGGUGAUGAUGAUACAUCUGAUUAUGUUCCUUCAAGUUCUAAGAGACAGGAACAUUUGAAGUCGUCUCUAGAACUUCAGUAUUAUCAGAAGGAGAACCGAGUUGAGCAUUUGAAACGAGUUCGUGAGAACGAUGAGAGUACUAUGGGUCGUUGUCAUACAAAGGUUCCAUCAGACAAUGAUGAAGAAGAUGAUAGCCUUACCAUUGGUCAAGUAAUGAGACUUAAAAAGAAGAAAUACAGAGAGAAAAGUGGAGGAGAUGCUUCUGAAUCACAUGGAAAAAAACGUAGACUUGAGGCGGAUAGCAAUGACUCAUGGAUUUGUCAAAAGCUACAGAAAUCUGAAGAUGAAACUGUAGCACCACGAGAAAUGGAGCAAAGGAGUGAAGAAGAUGAUGAAGAAGAAGAAACUGGAAGCAAAGGAGGGAAGAAUACGGUUCUGAUCCAAGCUAAUGUUAACAACCCUUCGGAUCCUCUUCUCGGUCCUAAUGGAGGAGGAGUUGAACUUGUUGUGUCACCACCAGAGACAAGACAAAACUAUGAUGAUGAGGUUGAUGUGAAUGGAAUCAAUGCUGAGAAGAAGAAGAUUGUGGUCGAUGAUGGAACCAAGGAAGCAGAGAGUUUGCUUCAUGAAGAUGGAGAAAAGCAGAGAUCCAAUGAGAAGGAAGACGAUGAUGAUGAAAGAUUGAAGCAGAGAACGCUUGCAAUAUAUGAGAUAGCAUCGAAUCUAGAGGCACGUAUAAUGAAGGUGGAGAAUACUUUUGCAAAGAUUAGAAAAUGGAAAACCAGAAGAAACCAGGCCACAAAUGGAGUUUCUGCUUAG